GACGAGUAUAACAACAAUUGCAUCUGUGUGUGUGCAACCAAUCACAAUCGUCCAAAUAGCUAUGAGUGAAUCGUGAAAAAAUUAAUUGUUACUAUUUAUUUAUAAAUCUAACCCAAUAGACGCAAUAAAGAGUAGAAAUUAUCACUGAGGCGGAAGGAUAGGUGUUCAGUGAAGUGCUAUUUUGUCCAAAUUGCAUCACUUUCUGUCAGCAAAAGUGUUUUUUCGUGCAGUAAAAUCCCCAGGGAAUCUCUACAAGUGUCAAUUUUUCGCCUGACUCAGACACUUUUUCUCCCAUCUCAUCGUGAAUUUCAUCAGCUAUUUCCGGCUACUGUUUGUCCAGAGAGCCCCACAAGUACCAGUCAGGGAGUGCCCCAGUGAGCUGUAGGUGAGGCAACGGCGAAGAUUGCGGUGCUUUGGGAAGCGCGAGGGGCGUGAAAAAUGGACACAAUUCCUGUGACAUUGAUCGUGAAGGCGCCCAAUCAACAGUUCGAGGAUCAGACCAUCAAAUGUGAGCUGUCCUGGACUAUAAAAAGGCUCAAAGGAUACCUCUCGGAGGUCUAUCCAUGCAAACCUAGUACGGAGGAGCAGAAGUUGAUCUACUCGGGCCAGUUGCUGCACGACACAGUCGUCCUCAAGGAUAUCCUGAGACAGUAUGAGGGCCAGGAGACUCACACAGUACACCUUGUGUUCACCCCGAAGAUGAAUCCGCGAGACAGUGCUUCAGGAAGUGCAGAAGGUACCAAGAAAACAUCCAAUCACGACAUCCGUACUGCAAUGGACAGCGAAGGAUUAAGGUGAGUUUAUCAUUAAAUG